UGUCUUGGCCAGGCAGCUCUGCUCACUCUGUCCCUUUUGGCAGCAGACCAAAGAGUUUUGAGGAAACGGUCGCCCUAGGCUAACUCUUCCCUUUAAAUUCCGAGCCCAGAGAGUUCCGCGCACAGCGGGUCGGGCCUGCACAGCCAUCCACGUGCCACAGCAGAGAGGUGUUCCGAGCGCAGCUCCACCGACGCCCCGCACCAGCGGACCCCUGAGCCGAAGUCCAUCCUCUGUCUCAGCUGCGCCAAAUUCGCUCCGCAGCCUCAGCCCUGGGAGGGCGAUCCCAGCACCCGAGAGCCAGAUGCCCGCCCACAUGCUGCAGGAGAUCUCCAGCUCCUAUGUGACCACCACCACCAUCAAAGCACCUCCAAAUGAGGGUCUCCAUGAUGGAGAACAAAAAUUGGAGAAGAUGUCCCUUUACUCAGCAGAAGAUAUCCGCCCUGAAAUGAAAGAUGAUAUAUAUGAUCACAGCUAUCAGGAUGCCGAGGGUCCCACACCCAAGCUUGAGUAUGUCUGGAGAAAUAUCAUCCUCAUGGGCCUGCUGCACCUGGGGGCCCUGUAUGGGGUCAUACUGGUUCCCACCUGCAAGUUCUACACUUGGAUCUGGGCCUAUGUGUACUAUUUAAUCAGUGGCCUGGGCAUCACAGCAGGAGCUCAUCGCCUGUGGAGCCACCGAACUUACAAAGCGCGGCUGCCCCUGCGGCUCUUCCUGAUCAUUGCCAACACCAUGGCGUUCCAGAAUGAUGUUUAUGAAUGGGCCCGAGAUCACCGCGCCCACCACAAGUUCUCAGAAACACAUGCUGACCCUCACAACUCCCGCCGCGGCUUCUUCUUCUCUCAUGUGGGUUGGCUGCUGGUGCGCAAACACCCAGCUGUCAAAGAGAAGGGGGGAACCCUGGACCUGUCUGACCUAAAAGCUGAGAAGCUGGUGAUGUUCCAGAGGAGGUACUACAAGUCCGCUGUUCUGCUGAUGUGCUUCAUCCUGCCCACACUGGUGCCCUGGUUUUGUUGGGGUGAAACUUUUGCACACAGCUUGUACGUCGCCUCUUUACUGCGAUAUACCAUAGUGCUUAAUGCCACCUGGCUGGUGAACAGUGCUGCCCACCUCUAUGGAUAUCGCCCCUAUGACAAGAAUAUCAACUCCCGAGAGAAUGUCCUGGUUUCCCUGGGAGCUGUGGGCGAGGGUUUCCACAACUACCACCACACCUUCCCCUAUGACUACUCUGCCAGUGAGUACCGCUGGCACAUCAACUUUACCACGUUCUUCAUCGACUGCAUGGCUGUCCUCGGCCUGGCUUAUGACCGGAAGAAAGUAUCCAAGGCCGCUGUCUUGGCCAGGAUUAAAAGAACUGGAGAUGGAAGCUAUAAGAGUGGCUGAGUUUGAGGUUGUCCAGGGUCCUGUUCCAAAAUCCAGUAAAGGUUUAAUGUUCUGUUAAUUAACUACUGAGUAAUGCUACCUGGAUGCUAAAGAUGAUGACCUUAACACAUUCCGGUUCAGUAAAUGACAAGUACUGAAGGGCAACAACUCCCCUCUUUGAUGCUAAAACAAUAUUCAUUUCUUCUCUACUCUAUCUUUAUUUCCAUUGUCCUUUUCUUUGCUUGGUUCCUAUCAUCUUCCUUUGUCUUCUCCCUAUUGCCUCCCAGGCAAGCAUCUGGUCAGCCGCAGGUCGGUGUCCAAUGUAAAAGCCUAGCAAUCUUCCAAGAGCUUAAAAAAAACAAAGAAAGGAUUUACUUCAGAUACCCUCAUGUUUGAUCUCUUCUGAACUUUAAGGCAGGUGGCUCCACUUAGCAAUGCAACAAAAUCUUCUCAAAAGUGCCCAUUAACUGUCAUCCUACGCUUUGCCAGAUGGAAGGUGAAAAUAACUUUGUCACAGAGUUUGCAAAGCAGGUUAUUCAUCAGGGGAGAGUGAGCAUGCUGGAUAUUAUUUCUAAGUAAGGGUGUGGUUGAGGUGGGAAAGUUCUUUUUGUAGUCCGACCCAGCUGCCUACCUAGCAGAGACCUGGAGCCUCUCCAGCCAGUAUGCAUCCUUUCUCUCCUGACUGAUUAGGGGAUGGCCAUGCAGGUUGGCAAUGUUAGAUUACAGCAGCACAUCUUAAUGUCUCAAUAUAGUUUAGACUGAGGAUAAAUGGGAAGCAUAUAGUUCUUAGGAAAAGUGAUCUCUUAUGGGGGAAAAAAAAUUCCCCCGUAUUAAGGAGAUUUGUUAUUUUAUAGAUGAACGAGUUGUCGACUGUGUCCGGAAGUGAUGGAUACAGCAAGAGCUCAUUGAGUUGUGAGGAUUCCGUGAGCUGCUUGUCCAACUUCUUUCAUCUUUCUGCUGUGCUAUCUUCAGGAUUUUGGUCACUGUCCUUGUAAUGAUAGGAUGGCUGUGGCAUUUCCAAACAUCCAACAAUGGAAAGAUUUUUAGCAGGUGAAUUUGGGUCAGAGUUAAAUGUGUAUAGACAUAAUUUGUA